AUGAGCUUCGACUUUGCUGCUUUCAGACUGCAAUCCGAGAACGCGAACGCCGCGCUCCUCACGGGCCUGGACGUGCGCUCCCUCAAGGCCGUCGCUGCAGAGUACACUCCAGAACCAUCGCUCAAGAAGCCUGCCACGCCUCGCAAGCCCAAGGUGAAGGCAGCGCCGCUCGUCUCGAAGGAUGUUGAAGGACAGAUUGCGGAGCGAGAGGCGCGAGGGCUGCGAAGUUCGUCACGCGUACGGGACAAGAUGAUGGGUGUUACGCCGGGCAGAAACGAGCGGGGUGAGCAGCUCGACUCGGGCGACGAGGAGAAGGAGUACUACGAGGGUGGGAGAAAGGUCGAGACGCAGGCCGCUUACGUCCCAAACCGCCUCGGUAAGCGUACUGAGACGCCGAAGAAGUACGGCCCGAUCCGAGGAAUCGCCGUCGGCACACUUUUCCAGUCUCGCAUGGACGCCAGCACGGCCAGCGUUCACGGUCCCGUCGUGGCCGGAAUUGCGACGGGCCCGGGACCCGCCGGAAAGCGGUCGGUGGCCUCCAUCUGCGCUUCGGGAGGCUACGUUGGCGACAUCGACAUGGGCGACCGCUUGACGUUCUCGGGAUCCGGCGGGCGCAACUUGACGGGUACGAAGGACCAGCCGAAGAACCUGCGCACGGCACCGCAGUCCGCCGACAUGCGGUGGGAUGAGAACGAGCGCAACCAGGCGCUCCUCUACUCGGUCACGUCCGGCAAGCCCAUCCGCCUCAUGCGCGGCUUCAAGAACCAGUCUGCUUGGGCGCCAGUCGAAGGGUACCGCUACGACGGGCUGUACCAAGCUGUCAAGGCUUGGGAGGACACCUCGCCGGAAGGUUUCAAGAUCUGCCGUGUCGCCCUCGUACGACUUCCAGGACAGCCUCCCCUUCCCGUGCAUCCUCGGCGCGCGCACCUCGUCAAUAACAACGAAGCGAAGGCGGAUGGCCCGAACUUCGCAUCCGCCACCGCACUCUCCCGCGCAACAUCCGCCUCUUCCUCCUCGGCGGAAGAGUCUGUCGAGACGGAUCUUACGACGCCGGAAGUAGAGAAGAGCGAGGAAGAGGCCAGUGUGGAGCGCAAAGCAGUCGAAGAGGCGUCGAUGAGCAUGAAGCGCGAGGCGGAAGACGAGGCGCAGGACUCGCCGAAGCGCAGGCGGACUUCGCGCGUCGCGUAG